AUGCCAAAGAAGCCUUUCAUGUUGUCUAUUGUGCACCAGCAAGCUUCUCCAGAGGCCUACGCCAACGGGUGCUAUCCACAGCUGAGGUAGUGACUAUACAGCUAACAAAUCCAGUGCUAUGUUGUCAGAAGAGGUUGAGACAGGCGCUAUGUCUUUCGUGGUCAACGCCGACCCCAGAUGAUGACUGCACGUCGCCCCAACCUCCUGAUGGCAGUGAUGUGUGCUUAACGUACCCGACUUAAACACCCACAGCCUAUGUCACCACUUCCCCUCGCCCGCUUAACCCAAUGAUCAUAACACGCCGAUCUCACCAUGCGGGUGGCGUGGGAACGAUGAGUGUUAAUAGCCCCUGAGUCACUUAUAAACCCUGUGAACUUCGCAUAUUUUCAACUUCCAUGUAACUGUUUUGGCCUGAUAAAGCAUUACCGAAAACACAUGUUUGCGAAAUAACUUUCCUUUUAUUUGUAUCAAACUUAUGGAACAUCCCACCUGUUUUGGUGACUUCACCUUCUUUUCCAUGAUACAAUCUACUUUCUGUUAUCAGAUUAAGGAUGAGAAGGGAGUUAUUAAAAAGUUUAGUUACCUUUUGAACGGCUUACAUUCCAGUAAAAUUUGUAUUUCAUAAUAUUUUUCACUAAGGCUCUUUUAUUUUUCAAGACAGAACUUUUAUGGACGCGGAAGACCUCAACAAGAGGAGAAAGUGGUGAUUUAUAAUCACAUCCGAUUGCGCCAUUUUCAAACGUGUCCUCGAAGCGAUCACUGCAGGCGGAAAUGUGAACUGGCGGGCGACCGGGUGAAUUAUCAUCUGAACUCGAAGGGUCGUCCAUAUUCCAGCCUGUUUUUCAGCAUUCCCUGGUAGAUACGUUUGUUCGAAAAAGCAGUGCCCUGAUGGGCGCCGGCCGAAAGACAGACAGUUUUUGAAGGCUAGGCAGCCCUAUGAAAGCCUUGUGCUCCUAUAUUUUCCUUGACAAGCUAGCGUCUAUGGUCACCCUUGUAGCUCUGUGUUGACACUGCCCCCCUCUCUCUGCAGUAACCCGCAACCUGGCAUAUAAUUGCUGUGUUAACACCCUACUUUAUACGCGUUAGUAGCACUAUUAGAUGUAAUAUCUUAAAUAGACUCACUGACAAACUGACAAACUUGCUCUACUGUCUGGAACACUGGACUAGGGCUGUUGCUAGAGGAGAUACGGUGCAUGUCACCUAUGUCGACUUUAAAAAGGCCUUUGACAGUGUGCCUCACCACCGCCUUCAGUGUAAGCUCAACCGUAAAGGAGUGUGGGGUAAGGUUCUGAUGUGGUUUGGAAGCUUUUCACUCGGCCGCUCUCAAGUCGUCCACGUCAGUGACCAGUAUUCUGCUGAGGUUGCCGUUUGGAAUGGUGUUCCCCAAGGCUCCGUUCUUGGUCCUACACUAUUCAUUAUAUAUGUCAACGACUGCCCAAACGAACUGGAUUGCGCUGUCGCAAUGUUUGCUGAUGACAUAAAGAUCUGGAGUACCAUACGAAGCGAAGAUGACGAGACGCGACUGCAAACAAAUCUAAAUCACCUCGAGCGAUGCUCAAAAGACUGGCUUCUACCUUUCAGCGUGAACAAGUGUCGGCGGAGCAAGUUCUGCUAACCGCACGGUCUACCGUCUGACUGGCAAACCACUGUAAGAAGUCGACACCCAGAAGCAAUUGGGUGUAUGGAUCACAACCUCACUUAAGAUUUUGUUGUAAUGCUCAAAGGUAGCCAAGUAAUCGAUGUCCAUUCCAUACCUCGUCAAACGGGCGUUCUCUUCGUUUAAUGGAGACUGCUUUGCCGAGGUCUUUGGAACUUUUGUGCGACCGCAUCUGGAAUUUGCUAUCCAAUCAUGGAGACUCUGGACCGCUAAAGACCUCGGCAUACUCGAAAAGUUCAACGGCGAGCAACGAAACUUGUAUCUGGGCAGUGGUCACUACCCUACGAAACACGAUUAGCUAACCUUGACCUCUUUCCUAUAAGUUACAUACAGUUACGUGGGGACCCCUGAUACAAGCUCUCCGCAUCGUUCACAAUCAGAGCUGCUGCCUCGCAUCUACAGACUUUUUCGACUUGGCCACUCCGACUAACCUGAGAGGCCAUCCAGUCAAACUACGUGUGACUGGUGCCCGGAUAGACACACGAAAGUUCUUCUUCUCCAACAGAGUGGUUGCAGCUUGGAAGGCCUUGCCUGAGGAUGUUGUUAUGUCGGCAUCCGUAGACACAUUUAAACGGAGGCUAGAUCAACAUUGGAAGGCUCACCACAUUAACGUCGGACUACAGCCACGGUGAUAGCCAACGUUGGCAGUUCAGCGUUAUGACAAUGGUAAUACCAAUAUUGGGGUGUAAGGGUGUCAGCGGUGGGUUCACGUGAUGGUCGUAGUGGUCGCUCACUUGCUUGCAGGUGAGACUACGCCUAGGGUCCAUUCGCUGGCACCCAACUCUCACCUGUGGCUCCACGUAGCUGGGCUCUGCUCAGCGGCCACACCCCGGGCAACCGUCUCGACCGGCGGGCUAAACCAGGUGAGGGCGCUGUGCGCUUGUGCCGCGUGCACAGUGUACUGCGGACUCCGCUGGAUGGAUGGUCGGAUGAAACACUGCGCCGGCAUCGUCGAGACGAGGCUCUGCCUGGUACGCCGUUGGAUAACUGCUGCCGGGACGGGUCUCCGCAUCGCCUUCGCUGAGACGCGCCCACCCUCGCCGACGGAGACCGCGGACUCACGGCAUAUACGGUCGUUCUCCACUACGAACAUAAAAGUCGUGGCCCCAUAGUGGGAUCGGUCGCGCCAACCAGGCACAUGGGCAGCCCGAUUCAGGGGCGGCACUGCCUGCCCCCACGAGGGGAAGGGCCUAGAAAAGGUGGCCUAAACAUUGCUGGGUACCACGCCGUCUCCAGGCUAGCCAGGGCGGCAGACGUCUAAUCAUGGUCGAAACAAUCAAAAUCGAAACAACAACAAUACCAAUAACAACAACAACCAUACUCAUUCUCCUCAUCCUACCUCUUCUACCUCUUCCUCUGCCUAUUCUUCUCCUUCGUCACCUUCUUCUCCAUCUCCCUCCCUUCGCCCCACUCGUCGUCACCAGACUGGCAGGGUGAGUCCGCUCACUCUGGCAGCCUGGAAUGUUCGUUCCCUUUUAGACAAUCCGCGGAGCAACCGACCGGAACGGAGGACGGCGCUAGUGGCACGAGAACUGGCGCGCUACAAGGUGGACAUCGCCGCACUCAGCGAGACCCGAUUCUCCGAACAAGGCCAACUGGAGGAGGUGGGUGCCGGUUACACCUUCUUCUGGAGUGGCCGACCCAGGGCAGAGCGACGAGACGCGGGCGUCGCCUUCGCCAUCCGGACCGACAUCGAGGGACGACUGCCCUGUUUACCGCAGGGCAUCAACGAUCGCCUGAUGAGCCUCCGCCUGCCUCUCUGGGGAGGCAAAUUCGCCACCAUCAUCAGCGCCUACGCUCCGACGAUGACCAACCCCGACGCCGUCAGAGACAAAUUCAACGAGGACCUGCACACCCUCUUGGCGACUGUGUCGAUGGCGGACAAGUUGGUUGUCCUUGGCGACUUCAACGCCCGCGUCGGCACAGACCAUACUGCCUGGAGAGGAGUGCUGGGUCCCCACGGUCUCCGCGGCUCCAACGACAAUGGUCUGCUGCUGCUCCGCACCUGCGCAGAACACCGCCUUAUCCUGACAAACACGUUCUUCUGUCUGCCGGAGCGAGAGAAGGCCACCUGGAGGCAUCCUCGGUCGCGUCAGUGGCACCUGCUGGACUAUGUCCUCGUCCGAUCGCGUGACCAGCGGAACGUGCUGGUGACGAAGGCGAUCGCGGGUGUUGACGGGUGGACCGACCAUCGCCUCUUCAUCUCGAAGAUGCGUAUUCGCCUACAGCCUCGCAGGAGACCUCAAGGUAAGCGCCCCCCAGGUAAGCUGAAUGUUGCCUUGUUGUCCUUGCCCGCUCACCAUCUCCAUUUCAGCAAUGAGCUAGCUCAACGGCUAGACAACCUCCCCAUCGCCGAUGCCGCCGCUGCCGAGAACGCCUCCGUGGAGAACCGCUGGUGUCAACUGCGAGACACGGUCCAGGCGACGGCGCUCACCGUCCUCGGUCGCGCUCCCCGCCAACACCAGGACAGGUUCGACGACAACGACGCCGCCAUCAGAAAUCUGCUUGCUGAGAAGAACCGCCUACACAAAGCCUACGUCGAUCACCCCACUGACGAUAACAAAGCUGCUUUCUACCGCAGUCGCCGCCACCUCCAGCAGCGACUGCGCGAGAUGCAGGACGCCUUGAUUGCUCGCAAAGCUGAGGAGAUCCAAGGGUACGCGGACCGCAGCGAAUGGAAGAACUUAUUCUCUGCGAUCAAAGCUGUCUACGGUCCGCCGAAAAAGGGCACUGCUCCUCUCCUCAGCGCCGACGGCAGUACUCUCCUGACUGAGAAGACGCAAAUCCUUCAGCGAUGGGCCGAGCAUUUCCGAGGCGUCCUAAACCGCCCUUCCGCCAUCUCCGACGCCGCCAUCGCGCGUUUGCCGCAAGUCGAGACCAACGCGGACCUAGACCUCCCGCCAUCUCUCCAGGAAACCAUCAGGGCCGUGCAGCAGCUCUCCAGCGGGAAAGCACCCGGAUCGGACGCAAUCCCUGCUGAGGUCUACAAGCACGGAGGUCCCCUACUGAUGGAUCACCUGACUGCGCUCUUCCAGGAGAUGUGGCGUCAAGGUGAAGUCCCGCAAGAUUUCAAGGACGCAACUAUCGUGCACCUAUACAAGCGAAAAGGGAAUCGCCAAGUCUGCGACAAUCACCGUGGCAUCUUCUUGCUGAACAUCGCCGGGAAGAUCUUCGCUCGCAUCCUGCUCAACCGCCUCAAUAACCACCUGGAACAGGGCCUUCUGCCGGAAAGCCAAUGCGGCUUCUGUCGUCAUCGUGGGACCACGGAUAUGAUCUUCGCCGCCCGCCAACUUCAGGAGAAGUGUCAGGAGAUGCGGACCCACCUGUACUCUACCUUCGUGGACCUGACGAAAGCCUUCGACACGGUGAAUCGUGCAGGUCUGUGGAAGAUCAUGCAGAAAUUCGGCUGUCCAGAGCGAUUCACUCAGAUGGUGCGUCAGCUGCACGACGGUAUGAUGGCGCGAGUCACGGACAACGGAGCUGUCUCAGAGGCAUUCGCAGUGACUAACGGAGUGAAACAGGGAUGCGUGCUGGCACCAACCCUCUUCAGUCUUAUGUUCUCUGCCAUGCUGAUGGACGCCUACCGCGACGAACGUCCCGGGAUUCGCAUCGCCUACAGGACGGACGGUCACCUCCUGAAUCAACGGCGGAUGCACUUCCAAUCACGCGUAUCCACAACAACCGUUCACGAAAUCCUCUUCGCCGACGACUGCGCCCUGAACACCACCUCGCAAAAGGAGAUGCAACGCAGCAUGGACCUCUUCUCCGCCGCCUGCGAGAACUUCGGUCUGGUCAUUAACACGCAGAAGGCAGUGGUGAUGCACCAACCGCCACCCAAAUCAGCCACAGCCCCCAACGCGCCGCCGCAAACCAGCGUGAAUGGGACCCAACUGCAAGUGGUGGAGAACUUCCGUACCUGGGCAGUACUCUCUCCCGCACCACCAAGAUUGAUGACGAAGUCGCCAACAGGAUCUCGAAAGCCAGUCAAGCCUUCGGUCGUCUCCAAAGCACAGUUUCGAAUCGUCACGGUCUUCAACUGA